UCCUUCUCAUUCCCUGAGCUCCAAAAGGUUUCUGUGAUCUGGGCCGGGUCUCUGCACCUGUUGUUUUGUCGUUUGGAGAGUUUUUGCUUUUGGGAUUUUCCUAGUGGUGCUGGUCCCGGUGGUGCUGCUGGUGAUUUUGGUCACGGUUUUGGGGACAUGGAGCGUCGUCAGAGUCUGGAGGAGCAGCUCCGGUGUCCUGUCUGUCUGGACGUCUUCAGUGAACCUCUGAUGUUACAGUGUGGACACUCUUAUUGCAGGUGUUGCGUGCGCUCCAUGACAGUGGACCUGCUCGGUCAGCUGCAAUGUCCCGUGUGUCGCUGUGCUGUAGACGGAGACAGUCCUCCUCCCAACGUCAGCUUGGCUCGUAUCAUCGAGGCUCUGCAGGACGUGAGUGUAUCAGGUGGAGCCCAGCCCGAGUCGUGUCCUCAGCAUCACAACCCACUCAGCCUUUACUGUGAGGACGAACAAAUGGUGAUCUGUGGCCUCUGUGGAAGCAUCGGUGCUCACCGCGGACACAAAAUCACACCUGUGAGCUCUGUCUACAGUCACAUGAAGGAGGACAUUUCCUGUCUGAUGACAGACUUCCAGCAUCAGAAACGGAAACUGGAGGAUCAGAUCUGUAAAAUGGCGUACAACAAAUCCAGGAUCACUAAUGAGUCUGACGUGCUGAAGUGGGUGGUGAGGAAGGAGUUUGGUGAGCUGCGGCGCUGCCUGGAGGUGGAGGAGGCGGACUUCAUGCAGCAGGUGGAGACUUCGGCUGCAGACCUCAUCUUGUCCCUCCAGAACCAGACGGACCAGUUAAACCAGAACCUGCAUCGGCUGCAGGAGGCCCUGAACACCCUGCAAGACCUGAGCAACGAGGGGCACCUGGACUUCAUCAUGAAGUACGGAUCGAUUGCUCCGAGGUUCAGAGCAAUCCAGGAGCUCCAGCUGAAGGAGGAGAGAAUCUUCAGCUCUCUGAACUUCAGACCAGGUUUCAACCACAGCGACAUCAAACUCACGGUGUGGAAAAGAUUACACCGAAAAGUCCUGCCAGCUCCAGAGCCGUUGAAGCUGGAUCCUCAGACGGCUCACCCAAUGUUGGAGCUCCAUGGUGGGGACACACUGGUGUCCUGUGGGGCUCUGCUGCGGAGGCUCCCUGAUAAUCCAGAGAGGUUCAGUUACAGCUACUGUGUCCUGGCCAACCGAGGCUUCUCCUCUGGGAAACACUACUGGGAGGUGGAAGUUGGAAACAAACCGAAAUGGCGCCUUGGCUUGAUCAAAGGAACGACCAAUCGUAAGGCCAAGCUGGUGAAGAAUCCAGAUUGUGGAGUGUGGCUGAUUGGACUGAAGGACGGGGUUUACGAAGCCUUCACUUCCCCCAGGGUAGUCCUGCCGCUGUCAUGUCCCCCCCGCCGGGUGGGACUCUUCUUGGACUACCAAGGCAGAUGUCUGACCUUCUUUAACAGUGACAGUCCUGACGAGCUGGGCUUCAUCUACAGCUUCAGACUGGAGGUUCAGGGGAAGGUCUACCCCCUGCUGGACGUGUGCUGGCACGAGCGAGGAGACAACAAAGAGCCUCUGGUCCUCCUGCAUCCCCACAGGGAGCACCCCCUGCCCCAGCCUCACAAGGAGCACCUCCUACCCCAGACCCAGAAACCCAACAAGUGAAAGAUUGAGGAGACGACAGCUCCUGGUCCUCCUGCAUCCCAACAGGGAGCACCUCCCGCCUCAGCCUCACAAGGAGCACCUCCUCCCCCAGACCCAGAAACCCAACAAGUGAAAGAUUGAGGAGACGACAGCUCCUGGUCCUCCGGCAUCCCAACAAGGAGCACCUCCCGCCACAGCCUCACAAGGAGCACCUCCUCCCCCAGACCCAGAAACCCAACAAGUGAAAGAGUGAGGAGAUGACAGCUCCCGGUCCUCCUGCAUCCCAACAGGGAGCACCUCCUGCCCCAUCCCCACAGGGAGCGCCUCCUGCCCCAGACCCAGAAACCCAACAAGUGAAAGAGUGAGGAGAUGACAGCUCCCGGUCCUCCUGCAUCCCAACAGGGAGCACCUCCCGCCACAGCCUCACAAGGAGCACCUCCUCCCCCAGACCCAGAAACCCAACAAGUGAAAGAGUGAGGAGACGACAGCUCCUGGUCCUCCGGCAUCCCCACAGGGAGCACCUCCCGCCCCAUCCCCACAGGGAGCGCCUCCUGCCCCAGACCCAGAAACCCAACAAGUGAAAGAGUGAGGAGAUGACAGCUCCCGGUCCUCCUGCAUCCCCACAGGGAGCACCUCCUGCCCCAGCCUCACAAGGAGCACCUCCUCCCCCAGACCCAGAAACCCAACAAGUGAAAGAUUGAGGAGACGACAGCUCCUGGUCCUCCUGCAUCCCAACAGGGAGCACCUCCCGCCCCAUCCCCACAGGGAGCACCUCCUGCCCCAGACCCAGAAACCCACAUAACACAUAAAAAAACAUUAAAAACUUUGAACAAAGUUAAAUUUUUUAUUAUUCUUUCAAUAAUUACACAAUGGACAACAACAUACACAACACAGCAUCAAUAUGAACCAACCUAAACUUGAGAAAGUCAUCUUUUUCAGCACUGACUAGACAAAUUCAGUCUUCAGUCUGAGUCUUCUCUUCACCAAAGAACCAAUAAAGAAUCUGCCCAAACUCAGAAACACUUUUUAUUGGACUGCCUCAGUCUGACUGGCUGACUAUCCUCCUCUCCUCCUCCUCCUCUCCUCCUCCUCACCUCUUCCUCCUCCUCUUCCUCUCCUCCUCCUCCUCCUCCUCCUCCUCACCUCUUCC